AAAAAUGCUGGAGACUCAUCGUAUCGCGUAUCGUUUUAAUCGCGAACACACUAAACAUAUGGCUUCAAAUCCACGACUUUCAAAACAAAGUUUCUUAAAGGUCAUUAAAAUUCACGUGAACGUUGUGUGAACGAUCCAUUAUCUUUAUAAGAUUCAACGAGAUAUUUUAAUACAGAUAUGCAACGUAAUAUACUCCGAGCAGCAAACUUUCAAUUUUUGCAGAGACGUUUUUUCAAGAAAUAUCACGUCAGGGUUAGAUUUGCGCCAAGUCCUACUGGUCAUUUGCACUUAGGAGGAUUACGUACUGCGUUGUACAAUUAUUUAUUUGCACGUAACAACAAUGGCACCUUCAUUUUGAGAAUUGAAGAUACUGAUCAAACAAGAAUAGUUCCUGGAGCAGUAGAGAAGCUUCAGGAUGAUUUGUUAUGGGCAGGAAUUAUUCCCGAUGAGGAUCCUACUAGAGGUGGUCCAACUGGUCCUUAUGUGCAGUCAUCACGACUUGAAUUAUACAAGGAACAGGUGCUUAAACUCUUAAACAAUGAAUCCGCCUACUAUUGUUUUUGCACAGAAACAAGACUGAAUUUAUUAAGAAAAGAAGCAAUAAAAUGUGGACAAAUACCUAAAUAUGACAAUAGAUGUCGACAUUUCAGUAAGGAAGAAGCGAAAGAAAUGCUUAAGAAGAAUUCAUCUUAUUGUAUUAGAUUUAAAUUAUCAUCUACACCAAAACCCUUUUAUGAUAUGGUUUAUGGAGAAGUAUUGCAUGAUAUUUCCAAGACUGAAGGGGAUCCAGUCAUUAUAAAAUCAGAUGGCUAUCCUACUUAUCAUUUUGCAAAUGUGGUCGAUGAUCAUUUUAUGGAAAUUUCUCAUGUCUUACGGGGUGUUGAGUGGCAAAUUUCUACACCCAAACAUAUUAUGCUUUAUAACGCAUUUGGUUGGGAUCCUCCCAAAUAUGGACAUUUACCUUUAAUAUUAAAUGCAGAUGGAUCCAAAUUAUCAAAGAGACAAGGUGAUAUAAAAAUCGAGUCAUUUAGGGAACAGGGUAUUUUUCCAUUAGCAUUAUUAAAUUAUGUGAUAAGCGCUGGUGGUGGUUUUCAUAAAGAACAACAGAAUCAAAAUCUUUAUAGUUAUCAGGAAUUAAUUAAGAAGUUCGAUAUUAAUAAAUUAAAAGUAAAUUCCGGCAAACUUAUGCCUGAAAAAUUAUUAGAAUUUAAUAAGUUAGAAAUGAUAAAUUUAGUGAGAAACGAGAAGAAUCAUAAAUUUCUAACUGAACGAAUUAAAAGAUUAGUAUUAAAAGCAUUUUCCGAAAGAAAAAAUGAUGGGAGUUUGCAGUUAGAUGAUCAUCACAUAAUAAGCACAUUAAAAUGGUCGCAAAACAGAAUAUCGACAUUGAAUGAUCUUGUUACAGAGGAGCUUGCAUUCUUGUGGAUUAUUCCAAAUAUUGCUUCUGUGCCAAAUAUACAAACUGAAUGCUCGAACACGAUUAAACUGUUAAAUGCAGAAUUAGUUGAAAUAGAUGCAAGCAAUUACAAAACAGAUUGGAUGAUUUCAUAUUUGAGAGAGUUUGCCGAAAAAAAUAAAAUUCCAUUUGCUGCUUUGAUGAAAAUUCUGAGAAGCAUUUUAAGCGGUUUAAAGGUUGGACCACCUGUUGCUGAAAUGAUGGAAAUUUUAGGAAAGGAUAGAACAUUGUUGAGAUUACAACGUUGUGUUUCCUGAAAUAAUUUACAUUAUAUUAUUUAAUUAAAGAUUGUGAUCUCAGUUUUAUUGACGAUAAGAUACAUUUGAAAUAGAUUUGUAUUAAAUAUGUUUUUUUUGAGGAAGCAUACAUCAGAAACAUCA